GCUGAUAAUACAGCAGAUAAUAGGGAGAUUAUCAGUGGUUUUGUUGGUCCUUCACACUUCCUAUCUAAUCACAUGACUUUAUAUAGAGCUAGCUAGGGCCGGCCUAUAAGUGUAUAAGGUUAAGGAGUGAGUAGCCACCAAGGCUAACUGUCAAUGGCCACUCAAGCAACCCCCGACCAUUCUCCAGAGUAUCUGUCCUUCCAAGAUAACUUUGAAGCAUUGGUGUCCACAUUCAAAGCUCAACCUGCUGCAUACGCUGAUAGCCUCUUCUCCAAUGGCUACAUACCAGAUGAAGUUCUCGAGUACUCUAGACUGAAUGGAGUUAUGGACUCGGAUAAAUCUCGAAAGAUUCUGGAUACUAUCAUCCAUCGAAUUAAGCUCAAUCCCAGUGUAUUCCACGGCUUUAUUGCUGCCAUCGCUGGCCCUUCUACUGACGAUGUUGUCAAGAAGCUACACGAUAGUUACGAGCGUCACAAGACUGCGACCAGCCGUGUUGAACAGCCGCAACUCUCUCCACCCACACACCAGCAACCUCCACCAGAGGCUCCGACGUCCUUCAGUUUCCCGUACCUUGACACCUCUAGCCUUGAUGAGGAUGAUAGAAUUGAAAUGGAGGAUCGGCUCAUAGCGGAUACAACGAAAAUGAUGAUUAGGUUCACUGCUUUUACUCUAAUUAUACAAGAGUCAUUUGAAAAACGUAUCCCAUUGGAUAAGAUUAAAGAUUUUGUUCUCAGCCUCGACGCUUUCAACAACGGGAUUGGAGUCAAAGUGCUUGAUCCACAAGAUAAGCAAGAAAUCAAAAAUGCCAAAAAUUUGGCCCAGGUCUUCAUGACUCUACGUGAUUACAUCUCCUUCUUCAACUAUGAGAUAGUGCAGUACCUCAUCGAGCUGCUGGGAUCACCAGACGACCAAACACAACUGCGUGAGUAUUGCUCUGCACUUGAUCAGUUCUGUAAGCGAAAUGUGUUUGAAGUUCCGGCCGAAGCUUUCUCUUCAAAAUCUCGUAUCAAAACGGCUAAAGUGUUUGUUCUCAAGCUCACUGAGCGAUCGCGAGUAACCACACUGGAGUAUGUAAGAAGGCUGACACGAAGAAUUGCUGAAGCCCUUGGUCUACAAAGAGCAGCGCUACAACUCUGUUCAAUCAAACAAGGCUGCUUGGAGCUCCACUUUCUCGUCACUGUAGCUGUUGCCAAGUGUAUCUACCCAGUGUCCCCUACUGUACAGGCAGCUCUCAGUGCGAUGGGGGUCAAAGUUCUCACCUGUGGAAGUACGGAUGAGGUGGAGACAUUUCUGCUGGAACAGGAUCUGAACAAACUCAAACUAGAAGGUGUUGAGGAGAUGUCUAAAGACACAAGAACGAGCACGACAACCUUCACUCAAAUGAAGGACACUAAAGAUACAAGAGACUCGGACCCAGUGGAGGCAACAAAGAGGGAGUCAAAGGACACUCAACCAGUCAAGAAGGCACACAGGGAACAAAUUGGGCACAAAGAUGCUGAGCUGGUCAGGAGAGACGCCAUCAUUCAACAGCUGAGACUGGGUCCCCCUCCCAGAGAGUUGAGACCUCCACUCACUCUGAAAUGGAGAAGAGGAAAAGACAUGCCAAUCAAGAUGGGUGCCACGGCACAGAGUGUUGUUAUCGGUGACACGGUGUAUGUUGGUGGAGGGUUUGCAGACAAUGGUCGUGACAGGUGUACAGUGAUGAAGCUCGAGCAAGAUCAAUGGACCAAACUACCAGAGUACACUGCCAUGUACUUCGCUAUGACAUCACUCGCUAAUCGACUAGUGCUGGUGGGAGGACUUGAUCUAAGAAACAACAAACGCACCAAUCAACUUGCAGUUUUUGAAGCAGGGGAAUGGACUCACCCGUACCCACCAAUGAACAUUGCUCGUGAUUCCUCAACAGCUGUCUCCUUCAACAACCACAUCAUUGUAGCUGGUGGGAAUGAUGAUAAAGGACGUACCUCCUCUGUGGAGGUGUUGGACGUGGCAUCAAGAAGAUGGUACAUUGCUCAGUCACUACCUAGCCCACGAUCAAUGCUGAAAUCGACUCUCAUGGGAAACACCCUCUACCUAAUGGGAGGGAUGGAUCACACUUGGAGUUCAAUCAAGACAGUGCACCACGUCGACCUCAAUGAACUCAUUGCAAAGGCCCUUUCCAACCUGGACACACCCACUCUCUGGCAGACCUUACCGGAAGUACCACUCGUGUAUUCAGCUCCUCUCAGUAUUGGGAGGUCACUAUUAGCCGUUGGUGGACGGGACGACAGACGCAACCCAAGAUCAUCGAUCCACCUCUACCAGCCUGACACCAGGAGGUGGGUGAAAGUAGGAGACCUGCCUACUGCACGAUACCGCUGCACAUGCUCAGUACUUCCUAGUGGAGAGGUCAUUGUAGCCGGAGGAGAGACAAAACCAUUUUAUGGUAAUUAUGUUCAAACAGUUGAUUUCUUUUGUAUAAGCGAUUAAUUAGUUAUUGUAAUAUGUUGUGCAUUGUUAACAAUCUUUUUGAAAAAAGUUUUCUAAUGAAGUUUGCAUAUUUCGUUUAUUUUUAUAAUAUUAUUCAAACUGUUGAUUUCUUCACUAUAAGUGCUAAUUAGUUAUUUUGUUAAUUGUUUCUCUUUAAUUGUGCGAUGAGUUUAUAACGAUAUUGAUAUUCUUUUUAUCAUGUUGAGAAAAUUAAGUUGCAACAGAA